AGCUCCCCCCCGCUCCGGCCGUGCCUUGGACUGGUGUGAUUGGAGGGAAACCCCAUAGACUGCACUCACUGACGAGCGGAGAGAAUCAGCUGUACGUCGACAUCACUGCUUUCUGCUACAACUCAGUGUGCAGUCAUGAGUAAGGACUCAACCCAGAGGGAGGAGCUGGUGCAAAAGGCCAAGCUCUCUGAGCAGGCUGAGCGCUACGAUGACAUGGCUGCUUCGAUGAAAGCUUUGACUGAGGAACACCCUGAGCUUUCCAGUGAAGAGCGUAACCUGCUGUCAGUGGCGUACAAGAAUGUGGUGGGAGCCCGCCGCUCGUCAUGGCGUGUGGUUUCCAGCAUAGAGCAGAAGAGUCAGGACAGGAAGCAAGUUUUGGCCAAAGCGUACCGGGAGACCAUUGAGAAAGAACUGAGAGAAAUCUGCGAUGAUGUGCUGAAACUCUUGGACAAAUAUCUGAUUGAGAAGGCUGGAGAUACAGAGAGUAAAGUCUUCUUUUUGAAAAUGAAGGGAGAUUAUUACCGCUACCUGGCUGAAGUGGCCACAGGAGAGGACAAGACAAGCAUCACCAACGAUUCAAAGUUAGCCUACCAGGAAGCCUAUGACAUAAGCAAAGAGGAAAUGGCGCCCACACAUCCAAUCCGUCUUGGUCUCGCCCUCAAUUUCUCAGUUUUCUACUACGAGAUCCUCAACUCACCUGAGCAAGCGUGCACACUGGCCAAAGGCGCUUUUGACGACGCCAUUGCAGAACUUGACACACUCAGUGAAGACUCCUACAAAGACAGUACCCUCAUCAUGCAGCUACUGAGAGACAACUUAACAUUGUGGACCUCCGAUACCCAGGGUGAUGGAGAGGAGGCAGAGGAGCAGCAGAGAGAAUGAGCCAGACCCCCGUAGUCCAUCCCUGUCUACUUACCAUCAUCCCAGCUCAUCUUCAUCAUCAUCAUAAACACCGAGACCACCUCAUUAUCAUCAUCAUUGUCGUCAUCCAACUUUAUACUAUUGGGUUUUCUCGACACUCAUCUCAUUCCCGUCUGUUUACCAUGUCUUCUUUUGUAGUAACUGUGGGGAGAGGGGAUGGGGAGGGAGGGUGCGUUUGGAACCGGGUGUUGGCAGUCGGUCUGUUUUCACGAGGCUGAGGGUAAAGCGUGUUUGGGGACGGCCGCUUCUCUGCUGACAUCUUUAGCAUGUGAGCAUUAGGAGUAUUGAGCUAAGGAGGUGGACAAAAGGACAAGUUCUUAACUUCUGAAUUAUGGGUUACAUUGGUUUUAGAGGGAAAAAAAAAACGGCUGUACUGCAUUGUUACCACAUUCUUGUUACCGGUCCUUUCCUUGAUUAGCGCCAUCUUUUGACGAUACAUCUGUGGUUUCACAAAAUCAGGAGUUUUCUCCUCACAUCUGAGAAGACAGCAGCUGAUAGUUUGUUUUGUACUUGGAAGACCGCAGGGGUAAAGACAGCGGAGGAGUCGGUGGGAAGAACUGGAGACAAAAGGCAAGGUUUUGUUGGAACAGAGAGGUUACAUUCCAUUUACUGUUCAGUUGCUCAUUGUUUUCUUUUUUUAAUUUUAUCUUUUGGGAGACCUGCAUUUGUAUUUCUGCGUAUGAAUUACGAGGUAUAGUAGACUUUGAAGAACAAAAGAGCACACAAGCUUGUUAUUGUUGCUGUUUUGUAUGAGCACACCAGUAAAAAGAAAAUCCCACGUGCUUAUUUAGUUAUACUGCUUUUUAGAUUCGAGAUUUCUUUUGUUUAGUCUUUAAUUCUCCUUUUUCUUUCAGUACUUGCCUAAAACUGCAUGUUGGUGAAAAGUAAUUCUUGGAGUGGUAAGGAAGGUUUUUGUCUGGCUGGGUAGCUUUGUUAAUGUCUCUGGAGUUUUCAUACAGAACACCCUAGCAUAACUGUUAUUUGGGGGAAAUGUGUGAUUUCAUGUAAGCGGAAUAAAAAGAUAAUUUAAAAGUU